AUGGCGGCGGCGGCGGCGGCGGCGGCGGCGGAGAGGACUCCAAGCGGCCGGCGGCUCGUCUCCCUGGCCGUGCUCGCCGCGUUCCUGCUCGGCGCACUCUGGCUGGCGAGCGCCCUCCACGUCUCCAGGUCCCUGGAGCGCUUCCUCGCCGUGGAGUGCUCGGUGUGGGGCCACGAGGAGAGCUGCUUCGUCGCGAUCAGGUGGGCGGGCACCGCGGGCUUCGUCGCUCUGGCGUCCGCCGUCGCGCUGUCCUACGGGGAGGCCGCGCGCCGCCGUGAACAGGCCGGUGGAGCAAAGGGUGAGGACGAAGGCCCUCCUGGUCGCGAGCCAGAACGCGAUCGUGCCAGUGCUGUGACCAUUCACGCCAUUGCGCUUUACCAGAUCUACUUGAUGCCUGCUGUGCUCUUCGUUGUGGGCAAGGCGCUCAGCUACGCAGGCGCUCGGCGUCUCGUGAAGGACCCGGCUGGUCAGGAGGCUGCGUAUCUGUUCCAUACCGGUUCCAACAUCCACAAUGCCGCAUACCCGGCUCUGUCUGUUGUGCACUGCUGCUCCGUCAUUCCCUACAUGCUGCUGCGAUUGGUGUGGUUUGUGAGAGACAAUUGUGUGGGAUCGUCGCUGGUGGCAUGCGAUGCCCAAAUGUGAGGUGACCUUUUGAACUGGAUUUUCCAUGCUCAGAAGGAAGAUGAUAGACUGAUGGAUGUGCUCAGUGACAUGCAAAUGAAGACUUGCCCCAGGAUUACACGGCAUGAUUCCAGUAUAUAUAGUGUGUUCCUAUAAUUUGACUCCCUCUGUCGGAACCGUUCUGGGCAUGCCAUAGCCUACAGUAUUCCUUUCUUUUUCUAGCUAGCUAGACUGAUCUGCAGCUUAAGAUGAAUAGGAUCUAUAUAGCUAGACUUAAUGCAUGGGUUUAUCGUGUUUGAAUUGGCUGUCUAGCAUACUUAUGUUUCAUGCUGCAGAGCUACAUACGUUACUUGUAUGCUAAUCCUUUGUUAUCAUUGA